UGAGGGAGGGAGUAUUAUUGUAAGAACAAAUCACAUUAUAAUUAUUAUCUCUACUUGCUAAUUCUCUCUGUGUCUGAACCUUUUAAGUAGUAGUUGUCCAAAGAACUCUUCUUUGCUUCCUCUCUCUUCUAAGUUCUAUCCCUCUCCAGAAGAAAAGCAAGCAAGCAACCAUGUCUUCUCCAAGCAAGCGCCGGGAAAUGGACCUCAUGAAACUAAUGAUGAGUGAUUACAAGGUGGAGAUGAUUAAUGAUGGCAUGCAAGAGUUUUAUGUGCAUUUCCAUGGACCUACUGAAAGCCCAUAUCAUGGCGGUGUGUGGAAAAUAAGGGUGGAACUUCCUGAUGCUUAUCCAUAUAAAUCUCCAUCCAUUGGUUUUAUUAAUAAAAUCUACCACCCAAAUGUUGACGAGAUGUCUGGCUCAGUUUGUUUAGAUGUUAUCAAUCAGACUUGGAGUCCCAUGUUUGAUCUGGUAAAUGUGUUUGAAGUGUUUCUUCCACAACUUCUCUUGUAUCCAAACCCAUCAGACCCAUUGAAUGGAGAGGCUGCUGCCCUUAUGAUGCGUGACCGGGCUGCAUAUGAUCUAAGAGUCAAAGAAUAUUGUCAGAAAUAUGCCAAACCUGAAGAUGUUGGAGCUGUCCCUGAGGAAAAGUCAAGUGAUGAGGAGUUAAGCGAUGCCGGAUAUGAUUCAGCUGACGAUGCAGUUGCAGGCCCUGUUGAUCCAUGACGGAUCCCCGUGCUGAUUAUCUUCAUCGACUUUCUGUAUCUGUAAAUGAUGUUGUUCUUAGUCCUGUUUAAAUUAAGUUGAACUACAAAGUUCCAAGACUAUUCAUUGGGGAAAGAUGCAAAACAAAGGGGAGUUCCCCCUUGUUUAUUAGGUUCAGCUUCAAUGUAAAUAAUUUCACCCUUUA